GAGCCAAUCACUGUCCGCGACCCCCUUCACGCAAAUUUGCCGGGAAACGGAGAUCGCGGCAUGUAUACGAGCAGAGAGAACAGUGGAGCGCGUGAAUGUCAAAAAAGUGGCGGGAGAUUCAGGCUGGGUCCGAGAGAGACAACACAGUAUUGAUCUGAAAAGUGCUGAGGAUGGAUGGGAAAAAGCGCAAUGGUGGGCCUACACUGGGUGGAGCCUCCCAGACUAAGAAAGGCCGAGUGGGUACAGAUUGGGACGAUGGACCUUCCCAUUUUGAGGAGGAGCUUGCUUUAUUUGAUGAAAUGGAGAUGGAUGCAGAGUCAGGGGAGGGACAGGCGGGUCAUGAUGUAAUUCCAGUGGGUGACUUGUUCUCGGCUGAUCUAAACCCUCGCUGGCGGCGUCCCACAGCUCCUACUAUCAAACCUGACAAAGACACCCUCAUCUUUCAGCAAAUAGAUUUGGACUAUUACCUGGGUUCUGCAGUGGCUGGGAUGCCAGGACAGGUCCAGGGGAAAGUUCCAGUGGUCCGUAUGUUUGGAGUGACCGAUAAUGGGAACAGUGUUUGCUGUCAUGUGCACGGCUUUGCGCCUUACUUUUAUGUUCCUGCUCCCGCUGGUUUUACUGCUGCUCACCUGUCUGAGUUUCAGAAAGAGCUGAACUCUGCUGUGUUGAAGGACAUGCGUUCCAACAAAGACAACAUAUCUGUCACUGUGCUGGCAGUGGACAUGACCCGCAAAGAGAAUAUGUAUGGUUACCAUGGAAGCCGUCCUUUGGACUUCCUGCGGAUUACCAUGGCAAUGCCUCGUCUGGUUGCCCCGGCGAAGCGCCUGUUGGAGCAGGGCUUUAAGUUUGCGAACUUCUCCACACAGAGUUACUCUCCCUAUGAGGCCAAUAUUGACUUUGAGAUCAGGUUCAUGGUGGACUGCGACGUGGUGGGCUGCUGCUGGAUUGAGCUGCCUAAAGGAAAAUACAAACUGAGAGAAGAAAGAACUACAAAAGACACAGACUCCCGCCACCCAGGAAAGGUUUCUCUCUGUCAGUAUGAGGUGGAUGUGGGAUGGAACGAUUUGAUCAGUCACCCAGCAGAAGGAGAAUGGCAGAGAAUUGCUCCUCUUAGGGUUCUGAGCUUUGAUAUUGAGUGUGCUGGCAGGAAAGGUGUGUUUCCAGAGGCAGAGGUGGACCCGGUGAUUCAGAUUGCCUCCAUGGUGCAGCGUCAAGGAGAGAAGGAGCCCUUUAUACGCACUGUUUUCACUUUGCAGAGCUGUGCUAGCAUAGUGGGCUCUCAAAUCCUUUGCUUUACACAAGAGAAGCAACUACUACAGAGCUGGGCAGAGUUUGUGAGGACAGUGGAUCCUGAUAUCAUCACAGGCUACAAUAUUCAGAACUUUGACCUGCCAUACUUGCUCAACAGAGCUGCUGCUCUAAAGGUGAAUCUGUUCCCGUAUCUGGGACGAGUGAGGGGCAUCAAGUCUAUUCUGAAGGACUCCAGCUUCCAGAGCAAACAGAUGGGCCGCAGAGAAAACAAAACUGUCAACAUGGAGGGAAGAGUGCAGUUUGAUCUCUUGCAGGUUCUCCUGAGGGACUAUAAACUGCGCUCCUACACUCUGAAUGCAGUCAGUUUCCACUUCCUGCAGGAGCAGAAGGAAGAUGUUCAACACUCCAUUAUUACUGACCUGCAGAAUGGGAAUGAGCAGACGAGGCGGCGUUUGGCGGUAUACUGUCUGAAGGAUGCCUACCUGCCCCUGCGUCUGCUGCAGAAGCUGAUGUGUGUGAUCAACUACAUGGAGAUGGCCAGAGUAACCGGUGUGCCUCUGACUUACUUGCUCUCCCGUGGACAGCAGAUUAAAGUGGUGUCCCAGCUGCUGAGACAGGCUAUGAAGCAGGACCUGGUCAUGCCGGUGGUGAAGACUGAGGGAGGUGAAGACUACACAGGAGCCACUGUUAUUGAGCCAGAGAAAGGGUAUUACAGCAUUCCUAUAGCUACUCUGGAUUUCUCCUCCCUGUACCCUUCGAUUAUGAUGGCACAUAACCUGUGUUACACUACCCUGCUUCAGAAAGGCCAAGCAGACAAGCUGGGUCUUUCUGCAGAAGACUUCAUUAGGACCCCUACAGGAGAUCUGUUUGUGAAAAGCUCAGUGAGGAAGGGCCUUCUGCCUGAAAUCCUGGAGAACCUGCUGAGUGCCAGGAAGAGGGCGAAGGCUGAGCUGAAGAAGGAGACGGACCCUUUUAAGAAGCAGGUGCUGGACGGCAGGCAGCUCGCUCUGAAGAUCAGCGCAAACUCUGUGUACGGUUUCACUGGGGCACAAGUGGGCAAACUACCCUGCCUGGAGAUCUCACAGAGUGUGACUGGUUUUGGAAGGCAGAUGAUUGAGCAGACUAAACAGCUUGUGGAAUCCAAAUACACCAUCGCUAACGGCUAUAAGGCUGAUGCUAAGGUGGUUUACGGAGACACGGACUCUGUUAUGGUGAAACUGGGUGUGGACACGGUGCAGGAGGCCAUGACUGUGGGGAGAGAGGCAGCUGAAUGGGUGUCUUCCCACUUUGUUCCACCAAUCAAGCUGGAGUUUGAGAAGGUGUACCACCCAUACCUGCUGAUCAAUAAGAAGAGGUAUGCUGGACUGUACUUCUCCUCCAGUGCGGAGCAUCAUGAUAAGAUGGACUGCAAGGGCAUUGAAACCGUCAGACGAGACAACUGCCCCCUAGUGGCCAACCUCAUUAACACAUGCCUUCAAAAGAUCCUCAUAGACAGAGACCCUGAUGGAGCUGUGGCUCAUGCAAAAGAGGUGAUCUCAGACCUCCUAUGUAACCGGAUUGACAUCAGUCAGCUUGUGAUCACUAAGGAGCUGACGCGCACAGCGCAGGAGUACGCAGGCAGACAGGCUCAUGUCGAACUCGCUGAGAGGAUGCGCAAGAGAGAUGCAGGCAGCGCCCCUAAUCUUGGAGAUCGAGUUCCGUACGUUAUCAUCAAAGCAGCUAAAGGAGUAGCAGCAUACAUGAAGUCUGAGGACCCCAUUUAUGUGCUGGAAAACAACAUCCCCAUUGACACUCAGUACUACCUGGAGCAGCAGCUGUCUAAACCCUUAAUGCGAAUCUUUGAGCCCAUAUUGGGAGAGUCUAAGGCUGAGAGCGUUUUGCUCAAGGGAGAUCACACACGCUGUAAGACUGUUCUGACCUCCAGGGUGGGUGGUCUCAUGGCGUUUGCCCAGAAACGCAGCACCUGCAUUGGCUGCAGAGCUGUUCUCAAAACGGAUGCUGCUGUUUGCGAUUUCUGCAAGAAGAAGGAGUCGGAGCUCUAUCAGAAAGAGAUUGCUCAUCUCUCAGCUUUGGAGGAGAAGUUUUCUCGGCUUUGGACUCAGUGCCAACGUUGCCAAGGAUCGCUGCAUGAAGAUGUGCUGUGUACCAGCCGAGACUGCCCCAUCUUCUACAUGAGGAAGAAGGUUCAGAAAGACCUUGACGACCAGGGAAAGCUUGUGUCCCGUUUCGGCUGGUGAGAGAAGACCAGGCCCUUGAAUUCUCAGCUUUCCUUCUUUUGUAAAAAAAAAAAAAAAAUAAAUACUAAAAUCUUACUUUCUACACAUAAAUAAAAUGUUUUUGUACAAAACUUGGUUUGUGUUUCUCUUGAGUUUUUAAUAAAUGUGUCCUGAUCCAUUUCAGUUUAUCAAGAUCAGGCUGGUUCAGGCAUAUUUUAAUGUAUUGAAAUUGGUAAGCCCAAUUCAGUGCCAUUUCUAUCACAAUGCUACGAAAUAGUCAUUUAACAUCUGUAGUCAGAUAUUGGUGCAACUACACACAUGCAGGUACAUACAUACACACAUGCGAGCGUGCACUCAAAAUAAGUGAUUGAGUGAUUUGCAGCAUUUUUAAGGAAUUGGGAGCCUUGGAUUGGUUGUAAAAUGCACACUAUAAAAUAAUCAUGUAAAUAAAAAAAAUUGACUAGGCUUCCAAACUAAAUAAAUCAGUUCAGCACAUCAUCAAAACAAAAUAUUUGCCCCUAUGCCCCUAUUUCUAGCACUGUAAAACUGUUGGGAGCAUUGGCUAAAAGUGCAGUAUUUUGGAAUGCUGGGGGUAAACGGACGUGGGGUAUUCAACCAAAGUUAUAACUCGUGAUCAUGUUUCACUACAACCCAAGUCCAUUUCACACCAGAUUUCUCCUUUAAUUUUAAUCGUUCUGCUGUGUCCUCUUUUGGCCAGCAGUGGCAUUAGGGUUACAAGGCUCACACUCCACCUUUCCUCCUCCUCUGAUAGCACUGCAGAUCACUGUUAUAUAAAUUACAAUGUGUUUUUGUGUGUAACUCAAGUUAUAUGAAAUAAAACAUUCAGCACCAUU